AAUCUCCAAAAUGUAUACGAACCGGAAAUCCUUCAUCAUGAAGCUACUGAUGGGCAGCUGCGCCCUAUACUUGUUCAUCCACAUGUUCACCAACACGGUGGUACCGGUCAUCAUGGUGGUACCACAAAUUCCGCAUUCUUCUAAAGCUAUUUCUAAUAUUUUAGAUAGGGUACGGGAAUUAACUGCGUGCGUAGACAAACCUCUGGUGCCAAAGAUACAACAACGAGGCGACUAUUGGGUACUUUACAACUACAUCGCGGCUGAAGUCAGUCACAGAUGCCACGAAAGCAUCACAUACACAACUCAUGCGGAUUAUUCCUUCAUGGACAACUUAGUGCCGUUGUUGGAGCGGUGGAACGGACCUAUAAGUAUAGCCCUUCACGCUCCAGGAACUGAUUUUAAAAAUACUCUCGAAUCCAUAAGGUACCUUAGGGAUUGCACCACUCCCAUGGUCAAACAAUUUGUGACCUUUCAUAUUUAUUUUAGUACGAAACACGUUCCCAAAGAGGUUCCUAAAUACGGCAACGCAUUUAGGAAAACCUACAACUGCUCGGUGGUACCACCCUUCCUCAACGUGUCCAUCGAAAAUAUGUACAAAGCUCAGAAAAAUUUGUUGUAUCCGGUAAAUGUGGGUCGAAACGUUGCUCGAGAAACUGCGCAGACUCACUUCAUUCUUCCCUCGGAUAUUGAACUGUAUCCUAGUCCAGGUGUGAUAGAGAAGUUCCUGGCUAUGAUCGCCGAAAACAGUGAGCCACUGCAGAACAAACACUCUAAAGUAUACCCUCUGAAUAUUUUCGAAGUGAGUGCCGACCAGCAAGUACCGGAGAAUAAGACUCAGCUGCGCGAGAUGCUGGCUAACGGUACUGCUAUACCUUUCCAUAAAAAAAUUUGUCCCGGAUGCCAUACGGUGCCGAAAGCCGAGGAAUGGCAAUCGGCGAACGAGACCAAAGGGCUGCACGUGUUCCACGUGGGAAAAAGGAGGUGGAAGUUCCUCCAUUGGGAACCUAUCUUCAUAGGUACUCACGCGGAUCCGUUGUACGACGAAAGGCUUAGUUGGGAGGGAAAGAUGGAUAAAAUGACACAGGGUUAUGCUUUCUGCGUGUUAAACUACGACUUCCUGAUCCUGGACAACGCGUUCCUUGUCCACAAACCGGGAAUAAAGAUCUACAAGAAGGACCCCCAACGAGAGAUGCUGGCUGACAAGACGCGCCAGUUCAUCAAGAAUAUCAUAUUCCCCGAACUUAAAGUUUUAUACGGAGUUCUAAAAGGCUGUGCUGUGUAAAAAUAUAUGUUAUAUGAACUGUAGAGGAAUGUACUAAAACUAAAGCCAUUUCAAUAGGAAAUACAUCGAUGUGAGAUAUUUUAAAAAUUUUAUUUUUUACUUAUUGCGAUCUAUUGAUAUAGGUACUUUCGUUUAUUUAGUAUGUAUAUAUUCUGAUAUUUAUGGGUUAGGAAAAAUUUUUAUUUAAGAGGCUACAGUAGCGAUCAACAGGUAGCAACAAACGCGUUCCAAGAUUGCGGCUCUAAUUUUGAAUAUUUUGUUGAGAUAUUUGGCACACAUAUUCGUAAUAUAAUAAAGAAUGGCGGUAUAGAGCCCAAUUUCAGAAAUAUGUUAGUACGUGGAAAUUACUCUAUAACUAAAUAAAAUAUUGAAAAAAGGAAAAUUAGGCAACAUAGAGAAAUUAUCACUGUCAUUUUGACAAACCUGCGUCAGAUUUUCUCUAAUCUGUUCUGUCAUCUUUAUCGAUAUCUGUUCAGUGCAGUAGUGUGUUAAUUUAAGAAUUCGUUUCUGUUGUUUCAUAAGAAAGUAGUGUUUAUUGAUAGUUCAUUUAUUAUAUAUUUGUUGUUGUUGUAUAAGUUGUUGGCCUCUUUGAAAUAAUAGAUUGUUGUUAAUUGUGAGUUUUAGUUAUAUGUAGGCAGGUAAGUAUAUGUUACGUAAAAAUAUUUCGAAUUUAUAUAUAAUGCGAGUAUAUAAAGUUUUAGGAGGAUUUUUUAUUCUAAAAAUAUUAUCAAUAGUUUAAUAAAAUGGAAAAAGUAAAUCAAACGAAAAAUAAAGUGAAACCUUCCAAGAAAAAGUCCAUUAAAAACCGUGCCAAAAUUAUGCGAAAAUCGAAAUUUGUUUCGCUUCAUAACAAAAAAUGAUUAUUUAUUAUUGUUUUAUUGUUAGAUAUUUCAUGCAAAUACCUUUCUAAAUACCUAUCUUAACAUAAAAUUUUCACCCAUUUUGGUUUAUUUUUAUAAAUAUCUAUUUAUUAAUAAUAAAAUCGUUUUCUAUUACUUCCAUUUAGCGCGACUAUGAUAUUGUCAAAAUAUUAAUCUUAGAUAAUGUCAAAGAUUACCACUGUUGCCAAAGUUUAUGAUACUAUCUCCCGAAGUUAUAUUUUGUUGCUACCUGUUGAUCGCUACUGUUUACUCUCAAGGAAAGUGGAAAAAUUGGCAAUUGUUUUAUCUUUAAUUUCCAAUUCGAACCAACAAUUUCGUUUGCUUCAAAAAAAUACUGUUCUGAAGAACAGACAGCUCAAGCCUUACUACUAAAUUUUUUCAUUGGACCAUUUUGUUUCCUGUAGUAAAACUCGCUGUACAGGGUUAUUCACUAUAUUUUGAAACCACUGUAAACUGCUUUAUUUACAGAAUUAGAAAAAAAAAUGUAAAAUAAAAAAAUUUAUUCGAUUUUUAAAAUAUGAUUUUUUGACAUAUAUUAUUAUAACAUACUAGUGACGUCAUCCAUCUAGGCGUGAUGACGUAAUCGACUAUUUUUUUA